AUGUCUGGAAUGAAUGAUAAGAUAUCCAUUCCUGAGACAUCAAGUAAAGUUGCUCCUCCAAUGAAAAUUGAUAAACAGCCAAGCUAUGCUUCUAGCCCACCAACAGAAUCUAAGGGUAACGAGAUUAAAGAUGAAAUUCAAUCUUUGAUCAGAGCCAAAAAAUACAUUGAGAACAUAUCUUCAAUUACACGAGUACUUAUUGACGAUAGUGAUGCAAUUCCAGUUAUUCAAAGUUUACUCAGACCAUUAAUUACAGGAAUCGAGACAAAUUAUCCAAAAUUAAUUGCAGUAUGCACCAAAUUUUUUACUUAUGUUACAGACAAGAGAAAGAAAGGUUCAAGAAUUGCUUUCUCAACAGGUCCUGUACUACCAACAAUGAAAGAAUUUUCUGAUUUUUGGGAUCCAUUCAUUUCAGCAAUCCAUGAUUUUUCACAGAGAAAACAAUUACCUCAUACAAAAGAGAUAUCUGUUAGAUUUCAAGGUAUAUCUCUCACAUUAGAUACAGUUCAGAAAUAUAAUCUCGAAAGGAAACAUCCAAGCGCUACAAUUACUGCAACAAUACAAAGUAUGAAAGCAUUAUGCAACAGAUUAUCUAAAAGUUGCAUGGCAUUAUAA